CUCAGUUUCAGAAAGGAACAACAACCCUGUCAGUACCAGUACAAGAAGCCAUGCUUGCUCCUCUUCCCUCCCACUUCUACCACUCAAUUAAUUCUCCGUACCGUCUCAUCACCAACUUCCUGUCUCAUUUAAUUUGGGUUCACUUCCGCAUCUCACAGGCAUUUUUUUUCAAACUCCUCAUAAAUACAGGGCAGUUGGGGGUUAAAAAGACGAAAAAACAGAGCAGAGACAGAGAAGAAGCCAACCCAUCAAUCUUUUCUCUUACCAUUACUAUUUCUACUCUUCCAGCUGCUUUGUAUUCUGCCCUCAUCUCACACAUAAUAACACCAUGGAUUGGCCACACAAGAAGCAGCUGGGUUUCUCAGUUGUUCUCCUUCUCUUCCUGAUUUCAGCAGCCAUUGAUGGAGCUGGAGCAGAUGCAACAGUGAUGGGCACCGUCUUCUGCGACCAGUGCAAAGAUGGCCAAAUCUCUCUCUUCGACUACCCCAUGAGUGGCGUGAAGGUCAGAAUGGCGUGCGGGGACGGGAACGGUGAAACGGCGACGUCGAGGGAAGAGACCACGAACUACUUCGGAGGUUACACCAUGAGAUUCGACGGAACCCCGGAUUUCAGCAACUGCUAUGCCCAAUUGCUCGAAGGCGGCGGCGGCGGUACAAAUUCAACUUGCGUAGCGGCAGCUGGGCCGCCGAAGAAACUCCGGCUGAUGUUCAGCAUGUUCGGGAUGGAGAUGUACAACGUCGAUUCGUUGCUUUCUCAGCCUGCUCAGCCGAUGUCGUUCUGCCCUAAUUCCCCUCCUUCAGCCAAUCCUGCACAACCGGCCAGACCCCCGCCGUCAUCGCCGUCGCCUUCGCCGCCGGUCCCAUCUUCGCCGCCUCCUGCUUUAAGGCUUCCCCCAGUGCCUCCUCUGCCACCGAUGCCGUUCGUCGAAGCUUCAGCUUGUUCUCACCAGACAUGGAUGGCGCCGGAGUACAAGUGCUACUGGAGAAUAGUGAGCCCAGACACAAAAGUGGCCGUGGCCUUUGGGCUUCUGGCGGCCCAGAAGUACGGGAACGACUUGACGCUGGGCCAGGCCCUGCUUGGGAGAGGCGACCCAUACAGGACGCUGCUGCGGGAAGCCACGACGUCGCUGCUCAACUCGUACAACAGCCUCCAGUUCCGAUACGACGCCGUGAACGUCGUGACUCGGACGAACUUCGCGCUGAUGGGCUCGGAGAGGGCCGUGCUGCUCACGGCGCUGAGGUUCAUUAGGGCCAACUCUGGAGCCGGUGGAGCUGCCUGCAGGAUGUCUCCGUGCAAGUGAACUCGAAUCGUCUUGGUAUCGAUAUAUAUAUGUAUUACUACGUAAUUCAAUACGAGAUUAUUUGUAUUUCCCUUCUGGAUUUUCUUCAUUGGGUUAGAGGAAUAGUGGAGAAAUAGCUGGACGACUACGUAGUACGUACCAUUUGUGAAGUUGAGCUACUAUUUGUAUUGUUAUCUGCAUUGAAAUUAUGGGAGCUAUAUUAUGCUAUAUUGUUAUUUUUAUGUGAGUC